AUGUCGUGUCUAAUGCAGACUGCUUGCCUGCUGCUCGUUUUUCUUACGACCAACUGUGUUUUGGCCAAGGACCAUGACGAUUAUCUGAACACAUGUAUCGACGCAGAGAAUCAUAAGGACGUUCCCGGGCCCGAACCCGAUCUACAUGGACAAUGCGCUCCGUGGCGGGACAGAGCAUGUUGCGCGGUAAACACGACGAAAGGUUUUCACGCACAGGAUGUUUGGCUUGGGUUCACUUGGAACCAUUGCGAGGGUCACAUGCUCUCUGACUCUUGCAGACAAUGGUUUCUGAAGGACUUGUGCUUCUAUGAAUGCUCUCCAAACGUUGGACCAUGGAUAAUCGAGCGUCCGAUUCGUAUCCGAAAUGAGCGUUUUACCAAUGUGCCAUUCUGCGCGAGCCAGUGCAACUCGUGGUGGGCCGCAUGUAGUACUGACUUUACUUGCUGGAAUGAUUGGGGAAAAGGCUUCAACUACUCAACAGGCGUGAACACCUGCCCAUCCGGUACAGUAUGCCGACCGUUCCAUACGGUUUGGCCGAGCGCGGAAAACUUCUGCGAGCACAUUUGGGACCACUCGUUUCGUGUUGUACCUGACGACCAGCCAUGCUUUAAGAUCGACUACACGGGUAGGAACCCAAACGACGCUGUGGCGAAUUACUACUUCCAAAACCACCAAGGCAAUAUCUUCGGAUAGGGAUA